AUGCGCACCACUGAACAGGUGCUCCUUGGAGAUUCUGGCACUGUAGAAGAGGAGGAACUUGAGAUUGAUGAGCCGGUAGAUGAGCCUCCUAAGAGAAGGGUCAUCCAGCUCUCUUCAACCAUUUUGAGCAAGAAUAAUUGUCAGAGGAGGGCCGAUGGAACUGCCAUACUGAAGUUCUCGGAUAGUAGCGAACGCCUGGUUAUCCUCGGGAGUUACGGCGUCAAGGUCAAAAGUGGAGAGGCAAGCAUAUACGGCGCCUCUCUUCAUCCCUCCGAAACUAUUCACUGGGUACACGCGCCACACUGUCAUGCCUUGCCCGUGCUCCGAUGUUCUGAGAAGUCGGUUCUCGAGCUACACCCUCACCCGGCAGCGGCUGACCUGAGGAAUCUGGAGAAGCUGUCCCCUCUCUUCGGUGGCCUAUGGCAUGAGCCAGUCUCCUCGGGAGGGCAACGUAACCAGACGUGGCAGGUACUCAGCACCUCCGCCGACGGACCCAAAAAGGCCAUGAUCCAAGACCUCAAGUCGCCGCCCGAGUGGAACAGAAAGAUUGCCGAGCUCGUCAAGCCGACCCGAGAGACUGCCCCGGUGUUCAUGGUCUGCGGGCCUAAAUCCUCGGGCAAAUCGACAUUCUCGAGGAUGCUGACGAACAGACUCGUUACCCACCGAGGCGGCACCAAAGAGCGGGUCUGGCCUGGCGUCGCUGUGCUGGACAUCGACCCUGGACAGCCUGAGUUCUCAGCCCCUGGUGCCAUCUCGCUCGUCAGGCUAGAUGAGCCGAACCUAUCACCACCUUUCUGUCACCCUUUACUAAAGCCAGAUAGCACCGUCAGGUCGCAUGCCAUAGCAUCAGUCACGCCAGCCUCGAAUAUCGAGCACUACAAGGCCUGUGUCUUCGAUCUGUUCUCACAUUAUCGGUCGACCUGCCCUGGCUACCCACUCAUCAUCAACACCCUAGGUUGGAUACAAGGCAGUGGCCUUAUCCUGCUACAGGACUUGUUAGCAGAGAUUCGACCGACCGAGGUCGUGUACAUGUCACAGGACGGGCCCGAAGACACAGUCGAAGGGCUCAGGUCCGCCGGCACCCGGUCCCCCCUCACAACGCUCCCCUCGCAGUCGAGCGAGUACACCUCCAGAACAGCCCUCCACCUGCGCCACAUGCAGGCGAUGUCCUACUUCCACAUCAGCGCCGAGGUUGGUGCUGGUGCAGCUGGCGGCACGCACUGGGACGCCCAGCCCCUGACCUCCGCGCCACCAUUACUUGUCAGCUACACCGCCGCUGGAGAAGACAGCGGCCUUCUCGGCAUCGCAUGCUAUGGCUACCAGCCCCAGCCCGAGCUUCUGGCCGAGGCCAUCGACGGCACCAUCCUCGCCAUCAUAGAAGUCGAGGACGAGACCAAGGCCUUCGGCAUACCUCCAUCGCCCCCAGCGCCAGACGGUCCAGGUGUGGUCCAACGCACGGCAGCAGAGGCACAGCUCCCUUACAUCCGCGCCAACGCCACCCCUCUCGACCCCAGGUACGCCCGCUGCCACGGCCUCGCCCUCGUCCGAGGCGUCGACACCGCGCGCGGCCUCCUCGCCCUGUCUACGCCGCUCUCGCCUGACCUGCUCAGCGGCAGGACUAUCGUUCUGGUCUCGGGGAAGUUCGACUCGCCUACGUGGGCGUACACGGAGGAUCACUAUAGCCGCGCUUCUGGGAAGGGCGCGGUUGGGGCGGAGGUGGAGGCUGGGUCGACGGGGAUCCCGUGGGCGGAGGUGUUGCGUGGGAACCAGAAGAGGGCUGCUGGGUCCAAGGUUUGGCGGGUGAGGAGGGACCUUGGGAGGAACUCGGGUGGUGGCGGUGGUGGUGGCGGGAUCUGA